UUUAUUUUUUUACACACAUCGACAAAGAAACACAGUUUAUAAUGAAAACGAGUUGUGAAAGCUUAUUUUACGACCAUUCAUGAAAAUUACAUUGUUCAAUUUUUUGGAGUUCUGAUGACGUAUUAUCAACAUUACCGUCUUAGCACGGUAGGCAUAUGUUUGGAAGAAGCUCUUGAAGAACUCAAGGAAAAGAAUAUUUUCACAGAAGCGGAAGUAGAUAUGAUUAGAACCAAGUUUGACCGUGCUAUGGCAGAAUGUCUUUCUUCAGAUAGCGUUGACAAACAGCUAACCUUGAAAGGAAGCCUCCAUCACUAUCGUUUCUGUGACAAUGUUUGGCAACUUUUCGUUAAGGAUGCGGAAGUUAAGUUUGACAAGAAGUCAGAAUUUACUUACGUUGGACCCCUCAAGGUGAUAGCUUGUGACUUUAUUAAACCAGCGAUUCCCAAAGCUACGUAACCUUGGAACUCUUCAAGCUUAAACCAAGUCGUCUUCUUUUUGACUUGGUUAGUUUUUGGAGCUCUUUUUGUCCCUUGGAAACGAGAGAGUGAAGGAUUAUAACCUAUUAGUAUACCCUGAACCCUUCUCUGGCCUUAUUGUUCAUAUACUGAAUAGGCGUUGGUUUGUUGUACUACUAUUGAAGUUUUAUUUUAGCUGCAAGUUUAGGAGUGGACCAAAACACAACCUCCUGCAGACUUGUAAACUUGCGCCUAGCUAUUGUUUUCAGAUAAACCUUGCGUGGCUUAUCUGUCAUCAUAGUUAUUAUUAAGCUGAGGUUUUCUAUUUGACAGUUUCAGGGUUCUAUUAACGGAACUUCAAUAAAGCGCUGUUUGAAAAACUCAAGUUGAGCGGACAUAAUACCCCCUAUUCAAACCACACCAGUCAAGUGUGGAACCCUCUUUUACAACCGAAUCAUACUUAUUUUUAUAAAAGUUUGUGUAUUCACUACUACCAGCCUCAGUUGUCUUCUUUCUGCUCAAAAACCCUAGAUGCAAGAAAAGCAAUAUUAUAUUUAUAUCAGCUUAGGGCUGCUAUGAUUUCUUUAGCUUGCGAACGUGAUACCGUAACAGACAUUGAGAUGCUUCGUACAGGUCCGCCAUUCUUUCAGGAUACUAUUCUUGACUCAUAGUCACCUGGCUACUUUUCCAAAACUAUG